AUGACAUUGUUUGAAAUGUCGUCUGUCAAUCUGAACGGAAAACGACGUCGCAUCGAAAGUGCCGCUGCUUCACUAUCGAAGCCGUUCAAGUCACCUCUCCGCAAGCCAGUGCAGGGCACUGUGGAUAAGGAGAAGGCCUCCAACAAUUCUUCCAUCAAUACUGAAGCUGAAGGACAAGAAAGACAAUAUGGAGAUGGAAAACAUGCACAGGAACAUCUUACGCCGUCGACUUCCAUCUCUUCUAAACCGACUUCUCUCACAAGCUCAUCUCCCGCCUCGCCAGUCCCAAGUUUGCAGAAUCGAAAACGAAAACCUACUACAAAUCAGAUGACUUUAUCGAAGAAGAGCAUAUUAGCAGAUCCUGUCAUCUCGGAGCUUCAAAAGGAACAAAGAGCUCUACAAUCCAGACUCUCGGCUCUCCGCUCUGAACUCGAUACCGUGCAGCAAGCUCUACGAAUUGAAUCGUCGACGAAAGAUGCCGAGCUCGAAGCUCUGAUCCUUAAAUGGAAGACUGUAAGCCAGGAAGCCGCUGAAGAGGUUUUCGAAGGAGCUCGAGAGCGGGUCUCUCGGAUGGGGGGUAUGAAGGCUUGGAGAGAGCGGAUGCAGAGCAACAGCGCCAGGUGGGAACAGGAGGAAAUGAAUUCAUGGUGUGGCAAUGCGGAAGCGGAGGGGUUUGAGAUGGAUGAAGAGGAACUGAAACAGCGGAAAGCUGAGCUCCUUGAUGAAGUUGAGAUGCCCCGAAAGGAACAGGAGGUGGGUACUGGGGGAGAGACAGUUGAAGAUGAGGUAUGCUUGGAUGGAAUGUCGCUUUGA